AUGACGCUAAGAAGGCCACAUGACGCUAAGAGGCCACAUGACGCUAAGAGGCCACAUGACGCUAAGAGGCCACAUGACGCUAAGAGGCCACAUGACGCUAAGAGGCCACAUGACGCUAAGAGGCCACAUGACGCUAAGAGGCCACAUGACGCUAAGAGGCCACAUGACGCUAAGAGGCCACAUGACGCUAAGAGGCCACAUGACGCUAAGAGGCCACAUGACGCUAAGAGGCCACAUGACGCUAAGAGGCCACAUGACGCUAAGAGGCCACAUGACGCUAAGAGGCCACAUGACGCUAAGAGGCCACAUGACGCUAAGAGGCCACAUGACGCUAAGAGGCCACAUGACGCUAAGAGGCCACAUGACGCUAAGAGGCCACAUGACGCUAAGAGGCCACAUGACGCUAAGAGGCCACAUGACGCUAAGAGGCCACAUGACGCUAAGAGGCCACAUGACGCUAAGAGGCCACAUGACGCUAAGAGGCCACAUGACGCUAAGAGGCCACAUGACGCUAAGAGGCCACAUGACGCUAAGAGGCCACAUGACGCUAAGAGGCCACAUGACGCUAAGAGGCCACAUGACGCUAAGAGGCCACAUGACGCUAAGAGGCCACAUGACGCUAAGAGGCCACAUGACGCUAAGAGGCCACAUGACGCUAAGAGGCCACAUGACGCUAAGAGGCCACAUGACGCUAAGAGGCCACAUGACGCUAAGAGGCCACAUGACGCUAAGAGGCCACAUGACGCUAAGAGGCCACAUGACGCUAAGAGGCCACAUGACGCUAAGAGGCCACAUGACGCUAAGAGGCCACAUGACGCUAAGAGGCCACAUGACGCUAAGAGGCCACAUGACGCUAAGAGGCCACAUGACGCUAAGAGGCCACAUGACGCUAAGAGGCCACAUGACGCUAAGAGGCCACAUGACGCUAAGAGGCCACAUGACGCUAAGAGGCCACAUGACGCUAAGAGGCCACAUGACGCUAAGAGGCCACAUGACGCUAAGAGGCCACAUGACGCUAAGAGGCCACAUGACGCUAAGAGGCCACAUGACGCUAAGAGGCCACAUGACGCUAAGAGGCCACAUGACGCUAAGAGGCCACAUGACGCUAAGAGGCCACAUGACGCUAAGAGGCCACAUGACGCUAAGAGGCCACAUGACGCUAAGAGGCCACAUGACGCUAAGAGGCCACAUGACGCUAAGAGGCCACAUGACGCUAAGAGGCCACAUGACGCUAAGAGGCCACAUGACGCUAAGAGGCCACAUGACGCUAAGAGGCCACAUGACGCUAAGAGGCCACAUGACGCUAAGAGGCCACAUGACGCUAAGAGGCCACAGCUAGAACGCUAA